AUGGAAACGACUCAAUCACAGAGUGGUAAAUACGAGCCAAAUGUUGGCUCAUUUAUUACAUACGAUGAGAUCAGACAAGUGAUUAAACGGGGAGAUCUCAUCGAAAUCUGGCGCUCUCUCAUCGAAAGCCUGCGCCCGGGUUAUAAGCAUUGGGUGAUAUGCGAGUCCAUCGAUGACCAGGGUGUUAUCUGGUGCUAUCACGUGACGUCUCUCACCAAAACGGACUUGUUAAAGGUGUACGUGAAAUAUGAACCACUCAUUGAUAUACUGGCUAAAAAGGACAGGACUAAAGGGUGGGACGUGUGUCGGAUCAACAAUCAGGAACAGGAGGCCCACAAGACUGGACUUAUAGCCCGACCACUGGAUCAGGUGUUUGAGGAGUUACGGACAUUAGUGGACCAAAAAGUGGAGUACGAUUUCAAUCGCCGCAACUGCGAGUACUACUGCAUGUUAUGGAGGUACGGGAAGGGGUGGUCCACACAAGUGGAGGUAAUCGAAAGCAAAGUAUUAGAACCCGCCGCUAAGAUUGGUUUAUGGGUCGCCGGUGUGGGUAUGUUGAUAUCGCCCUACAUACUUAUAGGAGGGAUUGCUUUUUUGACGCCGAUCAUGCUCUACGAAGAAAAUAAAAGUAAAUUUCUAUUUAAACCUAUAUUUGAACGUGUAGCCUAUGGACUCGGUCUGAGACCUAAAAGGCCUAAAGCCUAA